AUGGUAUCUCUAGAUACUACACGGCACUCGACACUUCAUGCUGCUCGCCGUGGGUACCAGUACGCCGAUCUCCUAGUCAAGCAGCUACAAAAACGGGAGGGCACAACUGUUGAUCUUACUGGAGCGGCUGUUAAGGGCUCGACCAAUGUUACUGGCAAGUUCACCAUCAAUGAAUGGUGUUUACUGUCGCUCUUCCUUCAAGAACGACUCAAAAGCUCUCCAAAUUCUUGUUCAAUGCAGAUUGAAAUUACCCAUCAACCAAUUCAACUAAUCCGUACCAACCCAAGAAGCCCACUCGGCCGCUGCUUCGAUAAUAUCGUCUACGUCAGUCAUUCCUACGCCGGAUGGCUAGGGACAGAUCUUGCUGUGGCUUACCCCAAAGAUGUGAAUGCUAUGGUAUUGACGAGCUGGAGUACUGCGGUAAACUUCACACCUUUUGCAUCCACGGAGCUCGAGCCUGUAUCAAUCUUAGACCCCAGAAAGUUCCCAAAGCUGCAGCUAGGAUGCAUCGCUGUGAAAACGCAAUCAAAUCGCACCUCAUUGUUUUACGCCAGUGAUUACAGUCAACAAGUCGCUGCGUACGAUUUUGCAACGGCAGAUACUUGGACGAUUGGUGAAACGGGAAACUUAGGAUUUGUCUUACCACCUGUGAAUUACACUGGGCCUCUUUACAUUGCGACAGGUGUAGAAGAUAAACUUUUCUGCCAGCCACCUAUCGCAGCAUGCCAGACAAUCUUAAAAGAUACGCAACAAUUCUUUCCGGGGGUAGAACGGUUUGGAUUCACCGCUGUUGAAAACACUGGUCACACUUUGAUGCUUCAUAAAUCAGCGCAGCAGACGUUUGCCAAGAUCCAUACGUUUUUGGACGCAUUUUUGUAA